CACGCUGUCAGGAACCUGCUGCCAAGUCGUUUUAGUUUUUAGCAUUUGGUCUGUCAACUGUGAGAUUGUGCGGAUGAAGACAAUCCGCCGGAGUACUUAACCUGCGGUAAACAGCUGGUUGCGGUGAUUUACACUCAGACAGUUAUUGACUCACACAUCACUGUGAUCGAUUAUUGAUUGUCCGAGGACAUCUUCUGCUCGCGAAAAACCGGCUCGGAUAUUUAGACUUUCUUUUUCCUUUUUCUCAUCAAGUCUUCUCUCGGAGAGUAACGGCAGUCACAAUGCCGCCAGUGUUGACCAGCAUGAACUACGAUUACGACUACGACACGGUUCAGCCCUACUUCCUCCUGGAUGGCGAGGAGGAGGACUUCUACCCGCCUCCUCGCAGCCAGGUCCUCCCGGGUCCCGGCGAGGACAUCUGGAAGAAGUUCGAGCUGCUUCCAACGCCUCCUUUGUCUCCCAGCCGGAGACCUUCCCUGUCCACCGCCGACCACCUGGAGGCCAUGUCUGAGCUGCUGGACCAGGACUGCAACCCCUCGGCGACCUUCCUCCAGUCUUUCAUCAUCCAGGACUGCAUGUGGAGCAGCAGCUUUGCCGCUGCCACUGAGCUGGAGAGGGUGGUGUCAGAGAGGCUGGCGUCGCUCCAGGCCCGCCAAGACUCCUCCACCUCUAGCACCAUCGCAGGCGGAGCAGUGGAUGAACAGGCGGGCAGGUGUCAGGUGAACACCGGGUACCUGCAGGACCUCCACGCUGCAGCGGCAGAAUGCAUCGACCCCGCCGAGGUGUUCAGCGCGGUGAGCGAGAAGCAGAGCGGCGGCGGGGCAGCGGUGAAGGUGGCAUCCGAGGUGUGUCUGGACUCACCGCCGUUUAGCAGCAGCGACAGUGAAUCAGAUGAAGAGGAGGAAAAGGAAGAGGAUGUAGAGAUCGACGUGGUGACAGUGGACAGGCGAAAAGCAUGUCUCCGGCCGGAACCUUCCCCUCUGGUCCUUAAACGCUCACACAUCAACAUCCGCCAGCACAACUACGCCGCCCAGCAGCCUGCUGUUAAGUGGUUGAAGGCGAGGGGCGGCUGCCCAUUGCCGAGGCAGAGCGGCGGCCGUCGCUGCUGGAGUCCGCGGUUGGACGGCGAGGAUGACGACAAACGCAGGACUCACAAUGUGCUGGAGAGGCAGCGACGGAGCGGGCUGAAGAUGAGUUUCUUGGCUCUGAGGAAUGAAGUCCCAGCAGUGGCGAACAACAACAAAGCGGCGAAAGUGGUGAUCCUGAAGAAGGCGACGGAGUUCAUCAGAGGGAUUCGAGAGGAUGAGGGGAGGCUGCUGACAAUGAAGGAUGAGCUAAGGAAGAGGAGCAGAGAGCUGGAACACAGACUGGAGCAGCUCAGGACUUCACAUUAAAUGCGUCCAUUUCCAUGUUAGUUUCUUUAAAUGUUUUGGGAACUGAACUGUGGUUUAUUAAUUACCACUAAUGUAACCUGAAAGCAGCUCAGUGUCUGUCUGAGGGACCAUCAUCCAGUAUGUCUGUCUGUAUUUAUUUCAUUUUUACUGAUAACUUCUGCACAUUUUCAUUUAAAAUAAUUGUGUUUUGUACAUAAUCCAGAUGUUUGAUUAAGAAAAAUGCAUUUUAAUGCAGCAUGUGACUGACUGUACCUGUAACUCCCACCUGAUAAUGAUCAAUAACUUGGAAUUUAAUGUUAUUUUUUAAGUUAUUUAAUCAACUAGCAGCUUCAAAAUAUUUUAUUUUUAUACUUUCCUUGUUCAAGCUGCACAAGAGAGGCACUGCAAACUGUUGAAAAUAAAAGCCCUUCAUAUGUUGGAGGUUCUGUCAAUGUUACAAAGUGUAAAAGUGUUUGUUUCUGUGCGUUUGAGAGAAACUAAACCCAAAAUUAAACUAUUAUUAAGU